ACCUUGUGCGCACAUCGCUAUGGCCGAGCAGAGUCCACGACCGAAGUCAUCGGAGAUCCAGAACGCACCGCCGCCGAGGUCUGGCAGCGGCCGGAUCACGUCGACGACGAGGUCGGCCAGCGGCGGAAGCCGGAAGGAUACGCCGGAUUUUCACAGCAUGGCGGCGAAGCUGGAGAGGGCGAAGGAGGUGUAUAGGGCGUACGAAGGGCAUGGGGAAAAGCCGUCGAUUAUGGAGAUGGCGGGAUGGUGUUUCUAUGAACUGUGCUCGUUGUCUGUGUUGACGGUGUUGAUUCCGGUUGUGUUUCCGUUGAUUAUCAGCCAGAUUAGUGGGGCUGCGACGGAGCCGCCGCAGGGAUGGUUUAAGAGCGUUAUGGGCUUCGAUUGCGCUCCAGGAGAAAUGCAGCUGUACCAAAUACUAACGGAGCACACAAUAAAAGUAUCGGGCACCCGAUUUUCGCCAUUAAUAUGGACCUCAAUCUCAUGGGCUUUGGGCCUGAUUCUGGCCGGCCCAAUCCUCGCAUUCGCCUCUUUCCACCUCGAUUACGGCUUCAAUCAACACCUCAUCGCUGUCGGCGCCGUCGCCGCCGGAGCACUCUCUUGUCUUCCGACCGGCGUCUUCAGAACCGUCAAGAUUUUUCCUCUUUACAUUGUUUUAAUCGUUAUUGCUCACUCGGUUGCCUUCANGACGGUCCGGGACAAGGUGGUACUUGUGAUAUUUGGGCUUGGGACGCCUUUUAUUUGGUCGUUUUCUCGAUUGUACACCACUUGUGUUUUUUCUUAUUUUAUUUUUUAA